AGCAUAAUAGUGAUCUUGCCUUCCAUGGAGUUUCACAUGGGCUGUACUAACACGGAGCAAAAUAUAGACGGUCUCAUGUUAGCCUGUUGCGGUGUACUCGGAGUGGUAAAGACUAUAUGUUUCCGUAUUUACGCGAAAAACUUAACUGACAAUUACAGUUCUGCCCAGAAUGAUUAUUUGACGAUUGAAAACACAAAGUAUCGUGCCAUCAUGCGGAAACACGCCUUUAUGGGAAGAAUUCUCUCCUGUUUUAUGGUGUGCUUCUCUUACAUUAGUGUAACGAUAUAUUCAUUAAUUCCUCUUCUUGGUGAAGAUCUACCUGAUGGUCAAGAUAAUCAGAUUAACGGAACAAAUGAGGACAUUAUAUUGGACUAUCCAAUGCCAUCAAGAUGCGCGUUAGAAUACUUACGUGUCCCAACGAGCAUGUAUGAAUUUAUCUGUAUCUACGAGUUUAUUGUGCUGGUGCUUACGUGCACUUGUAAUCACGGUAGCGAUUCUUUAUUUCUCAAUAUUACAUUGCAUAUGUGCGGCCAAGUAAAAAUUCUAAAAGCCAAUUUUGUCAACUUUGUUGUAUCAAGUUCGCAAGUCAACGAUCGUUUCAAUGCUUUAAUUCAAAGGCAUAACUGUCUGAUGGAAUUGGCCAAGGAACUGGCCGAAUCAAUCAGUGUAGUUUUGCUAACACAGUUAUUUAUUAGUAGCAUUCUUUUGUGUAUAAUGGGGUUUCAAUUUAUCUUAGCAUUAAAAACACAUAACGUUGUUGUUAUGGGAAAAAGCGUUAUGGUAUUGUGUACCUUUUUAACGCAAUUAUCCAUAUAUAGUUUCGUCGGUGAUUAUUUAAAGUCCCAAAUGGAAGAAAUUGGAUUUUAUAUUUAUCAAAGCAACUGGUUGGCCAGUACGAAAGGACUAGAUGCGUAUAGACGUGGUAAUUUUCUUCGGGGUAAAAGUAAGCCAUCGACCCGAGCAAUAUCCAGUCAGCUACAAUUUUCCUUUUUAAGAUCGAAACCUACCAAUACAUUGCCGAACAUGAAGACGAAUUGGAACAGUGGUAUAGAUUAUGGCUUUUCUACGAUAAAAUCGAUGAUGUGGAUACUUGGUUUAUGGCCGUUGCAGCAGGAUAAUGUAGUUUACACUAUUCAGUGGUUCAUAAUAUUUAUAGCAGGGUCUCUCACAAUGAUCAACGUGCUGAUAGAACCUUUCAAGAGCUGUGAUGCUGUUAGAGACGGUUUGGAUAUUCUUCGUCUAAUAGAAAGCUGCAUGCAUGCGUGGUCGAAUAUUAUUUUUCCAAAAAUUUAUAUGAAAAAGAUUGCUAUUAAUCUCAAUUCUGCGAUCGACGACUGGUCGUCUCUGUCCAUGAAGGAAGAGUCGCGCGUGGUGAUGAUGGGGUAUGCACGUGCAGGACGUCUAAUCGCUCUGGCUCAUUUGAUUGCUGGAGCAACAGCAGGCACCUUAUGGUUCAUAUCCGUCUUCCUCAGCAAUAAACAAGAGGCUGCAAUUAUAGAUAAUGAUACUGUAACUACAUGGAACUUUGUCAUACCAUCAACAUGUCUGUACAAAGAGAUUUCGUAUUCCACGUACAAAAUAUUAUUUAUGAUGCAAGUAAUACAAGGAUCUUUGAUAUUGAUAUCAGAAUGUGCUUGCGACAGUUUUUUCUUCGGUAUCACUAUGCAUCUUUGCGGUCAACUAGAGCUUUUGGAGAUACAAUUUACGGAGAUUAGCAAGAAACAUUACGAGGAAAAGCGUCAUAAAAAUGUUCUAGGGCCAUUGGUCAAAAGACAUUGCCAGUUGAUAGCACUGACCAGAAAUAUUGAAGACGCUUUUAAUAUCAACAUUUUAUUACGACUUUUAAUAAUUAGUAUAGUUAUUGCAUCUUCAGGAGUAGGAAUUCUCCUGUCCAUCAAGGAACAAGAUUACAAGGAAAUGGUAAAAAUGUUGAUGUCCAUUCAAUUUUAUAUGGUACAGACCUUUUUGUACACGUAUGCAGGCGAUACUUUGAAGAAUCGAAGCGAGUCAAUUGUCUACGCCAUAUACAGCACCGCUUGGGACGAAAUGUCACCUCUCAUAGCGAAAGAUUUAAUAUUCAUUAUGAUGAGAAUGAAGACUCCUCUUCGAAUUAUGCAUCUGUCCUCGACUACCAUAAUGUUAUGGAAUGACGAUAUAGCGUACGCUAUGACCCUCGUCAAACACUUAACCGUACCUAUAGGUGCUUGGCCCUUGCAAGAAUACAAUAAGUUCACUUUAUUGCGUCAUAUUUUGUCUAGUUUUGGAUUGAGUGUGGUGGUAACCGUACAGUAUCUUGAACUCUAUUACAAUUGCACAAGCGCAACCGCGAAUCUUGAUGCUCUCACGCUCUUUUCGUGCGGUAUCCUUGCUUUAACAAAAAUAAUAUGGUUUCGUAUAUAUGCUGAUAAUCUGAUUUGCAAUUAUUCUUCUGCAUUGAAUGAUUAUGCUUUAAUCGACACCGAGGAGAAGCGCAUCAUUAUGCGAAAUCACGCUUUCUGGGGAAGAAUAAUCUGUAUUAUCGCCUUAUUGAUCGCUUAUGUCGAUUCGGUGAUUUUCAUUGUGGGACACGCACAACUAAGCAGCGAGGAAGCUAAAACUAAUCUAACUAUCCUAGGACAUCAAGCAGGAUAUGCUAUUCCGUCAACAUGUAGUGAUUCUGUAUUUCUUCAUAUUGUAUUACACGUGUGCGGUCAACUAGAAAUUUUAAAGGCAAAUUUUAUUAACUUCGACGUGACAAGUCCAAAAGUCUAUGAACGUUUUAAUACACUGAUUUUGAGACAUGAUUAUUUGAUAAAAAUGACCAGAAAGCUUGCUGAGAUAAUUAGAUUUGUUUUGAUGGUACAACUCUUUAUCAGCAGUAUGCUUAUAAUUAUAGUAGGAUUUCAAUUUAUCAUUGCCUUAACAACCAACGACUAUGGUAUGAUGUCAAAAAGUUUCAUGGUACUUAGCGCCUUUCUCGUGCAAUUAACGUUAUAUAGUGUUGUCGGAGAUUAUUUAAAAACAAAGAUGGAAGAAGUUGCGCAGUCUGUUUAUCACAGCUUUUGGUAUGAUCUUCCUGUAAAGGUGACAAAAAACAUAGUAUUUAUCAUGAUGUGGACCCAGCUUCCGAUUAAACUGCAAGCUGGACAUUUCUUAGUAGUAGAUUUGGGGACUUACAUGAGCAUUUUAAAAACGUCUAUUUCAUAUUUAUCUGUUUUACGCACCGUGAUGAUGAUCAUGUUAUUUUUUGAAAUCGUUUUCGGUAGCAGCGAUGUGUAUAUAAAGCUCGAUGCUCUUAUGCUUAUGUUUUGCAACGUUCUUUCCGUACUAAAGAUAUUGUCAUUUCGUAUAUAUGCUGAUAAUAUGAUUCGCAAUUUUACUUCUGCUAUGAACGAUUAUCAUGCAACCGAUAACAAGGAGAAGCGUGCAAUCAUGCGGCAACACGCAUUCAUUGGAAGAAUGAUUAGCUGCAGUAUCUUAUUUUUUGCUUAUUUGGCUUCAACAAUUUUUUGUCUGGUGCCUAUAAUAGUUGGUGAUGGAGAAAAAAUUCAAGUUAAUGUAUCUAUGAGAAACCAAGCAUCUGAUUUACCCAUACCUUUAACAUGGUCGUUAGGAAGCUAUCAUCUCUCUGUGACUUUAUUCUCUGUGAUAUCUGUAGUGCAAUAUAUUCUAUUGGUGCUCAAUAGUAACUGCAAUUGUGGUAGUGAUUCACUUUUCCUCGCUAUCACUACACAUGUUUGUGGGCAAAUGGAAAUCCUAAAAAUGGAAUUUGUUAAUUGUGGCGUGCAAGUCAAGAACAUGUUUGAAGAUUUUUCAAUAUUAGCAGCAAGACAUCGUUAUCUAAUGGAGCAUGCGGAACUUUUGGUCGAAGUAAUAAGUUUCGUUUUGCUUGUGCAAAUGCUGUUUAGUUGUCUUAUUAUUUGUUUGAUUGGUAAAUAUUUUAAGUUAGUUAUUUCUCCGGUUAUGUAUGUGUGUAACAUAUUAUUACGUGUUUAUUAGAAGAAAGGUGUUCAACUUAUGGAAUAUUGUAAAUUUUUCUGCAAAACGAUAAACUUUGAAAAAUUUCUCUCAGUAAUGCUAAAGAAAGUUAAUUCGUGCAUGUUGUUGAGUUAUAUUGUGUGCUUUUCAGGUUUCCAAUUUAUUUUGGCAUUGAAAUCGCAUGAUGUAGUGAUGAUAACUAAAACGAUAACAGUGAUGAGCGCUCUGUUGUUACAGUUAUUCUUUUAUAGUUUCAUAGGCGACUAUUUAAAAUGUCAAAUGGAAGAUGUCGCUCAGUCUAUCUACAGCUGUAAUUGGUACUGCUUUCCACUGAAGUUAAUGAGGAACGUUUUGUUCGUUAUUAUGCGGUCACAGCAACCUGUUCAACUGUUAGCGGCUUCAUCAAUUUUCAUGCUGACGCCUAUAAUAGCAGGCAACAAGGACGUCCAAAUUAAUGUGUCUAUUAAGAACCAAGCAUUAGAAUUACCCGUGCCCUUACCAUGGGCUUUAGGAAAUUUUAAUCUCUCUACGAGCUUAUACUUGUUGAUCUCUACAGUGCAAUGUAUUCUAUUGAUUCUUAACAGCACUAGCGAUUGUGGUAAUUAACAAAUUAUUAAUAUG